AUGGCAGUUAUAACUUCUGAGUUCGAGAUUUCUUCUUCCAUCCCAGCUUCCAAAUUUUUCAAUGCCUAUCGUGACUUUAACAACAUUGCACCAAAGGUCGAUCCAGAAACAUACAAAACCCUAGUGGACAUCCAAGGUGAUGGAGGCGCUGGAACUAUCAGGGACAUCUCUUUUGGGGAUGGCGUCCCAUUUACAAAUGGAAAGUUGAAACUCGACGUUGUUGAUAGCAACAACUUCACUAUUAUAUACACAAUCUUUGAAGGAGACAUCUUGAUGGGACAACUAGAUUCGAUGACUCAUCAUGUGAAGUUUAUACCUUCACCUGAUGGAGGAUGUGUAUACAAGCCGACCGUUGUGUAUAAUUGUAAAGAUGAAACUCAGCUUCCGGAGGAAGCUCUCAAUAUGACAUCAUCGCCUCCUCAGCAAGCUCCAUACUUCGUAGCCGGCCAGCCUCCCUGUGUCAGAGUGUCACUACAGCCACCAGCUCCGCCCCACAAUUCUAUAAAUACCACACCACUAUUCAUCCAUCUCCCAGCUUCCAAAAUUUUCAAUGCCUAUCGUGACUUUAACAACAUUCCACCAAAGGUUGAUCCAGAAUCAUACAAAAUCCUAGCGGACAUCGAAGGUGAUGGAGGCGCUGGAACUAUCAGGGACAUCUCUUUUGGGGAUGGCGUCCCAUUUACAAGUGGAAAGUUGAAACUUGACGUCGUUGAUAGCAUCAACUUCAGUAUUAUAUACACAAUCUUUGAAGGAGACAUCUUGAUGGGACAACUAGAUUCGAUGACUCAUCAUGUGAAGUUUAUACCUUCACCUGAUGGAGGAUGUGUAUACAAGCCUACCAUUGUGUAUAAUUGUAAAGGUGAAACUCAGCUUCCGGAGGAAGCUCUCAAUAUGGUAAAAGAAGGAUUCAAAAAAACUUUCAACGCGAUUGAGGGUUUUAUCCAUGCAAAUCCUCAAACUUAUUGA